UACAAAUCGAUUAGACAGGUAUUUUGACAGAUGUAGCAAAUGUCAUCGCGUUUGAGGCUUUCUGUCAUUAAAGUUUGAUGUUGUUUGUGUAAAUGGGGUUAUGUGGUGUGAAUGAUCGUUGUUUUUGGGCGUAAAGACAGGUAAAAGCGAUUAAGUGGUAAUAAAGCGUUGUUGAAUUCGGGCAUGCCCCCCGCCCCCAGCCGCCGGAAGUACGUAUUAUUGCCAUGUAUUUGAUCUGUCGGUUAAAGUGGGGUAUCUGAAGGAUGCGCGCGCAGCUCUGGCCAUUUUGUCACAAUAUUAACCUUUUGUUGUGAUGUGUCUAUUGCGAUGAAUAAUGUCCGUAAUUGAAUUAUCGUGUGUCAUAAUUAGGUGUAGUGAUUAGUUCUUCGCGAUGUCGGUGCAGUGAUGGUGGGCGAUUUCGGCUAGCCGUCGACCUCGUGGAGCUCUUUGACGGUGGAAUCUGAGGCAAGCUGCCGCCGGACAGAACCGUUGGCCAACCGUCGCUUCAGCUCAUCGUCGGCGUCGCUUGCACGGCUCGAAGCCCGGGGGCGGCGAGCGGCCGCCGGCCCGCGACCUGCGAAGCGUUUAGCGCGGCACAAGAUGGCUACCGUCGGGACCUCGAUCCGCCAGUUUUAGUCGGGCGCCCGGGGCAACGCCCCUGAGGACGCUUCACCAUGUGCGAGCCCGAGGAGGUGCCCCAGAGCGUGUGGUCGCGCUGGAUCCUCGACGCCAUCCGCAAGAUCCGCUCCCAGAAGCAGCGGCCCAGCGUCGAGCGCAUCUGCCAUGCCAUCCGGCAGCACCACAACUACCACGAAGACGUGGUCGCCGAGCACCUGGAGGCGGCCGUCAAGGAGUGCGCCGUCCUCAAGGUCUUCAACAAGGGCCAGAGCUCCUACAAGGACCCCGGCGGCCUCCAGAACAGGACCCUUCGCAUCGAAAAGGGGACCGAUCUGAGCAAAGUUGUGGCGAAGGCCGUUAGGGAGCUAGGGGAGCGUGACGGCUCCACCGUUAAAUCCAUCGAAAAGUACAUAAGGCAGUCGCAUACGGUCGUUGAAGGGCCAGAUGUUGAACUCAAAAACGUGCUUAGGAUGGCUACCAAGAGGGCCGUCGCCAGAAAUCUCAUACUGCAAGACGGCAAAAACUACAAGUACAAUUACAAUCACACGAGCCCCAGUUCCCGGAAGAAGCAAGAAGCCGCCAAAAAAGCCCUCACUGACGAUAACGAUGCUUCCAGUAAGACCCCAGCCCCAUUGCCCAUCUGCACCGAAUGCCUGGGCACGGAGUCGAAAAACCGGAACGGAGUGCCCGAAAAAUUGAGCGCCUGUUCCGAAUGCGGGGCUCUCGUGCACCUAACCUGCACGUCGGCGGGGCCCGAACUGGCCGCCCUGCUGUCAAAAGGGGGCAAAUGGUUUUGCGAGGACUGCAAAACCUGCGAUGGUUGCGGCAAUUCGGGGGUUUCGACUUGUUUGCUGUGCUGCUGCAGCUGCGAGCGGAACUACCACGUGGACUGCUUGGACCCCCCGGCGGAGAAGAAGCCCAAAUGUCCGUGGCGGUGCCGGCACUGUUUGGGCCACCACGACAAGUCGAAAAAGGGGGAGGUGAGCAGUAACGUGAAGAAAAAAAUGGAAAAAGUUCGCGAGAAAAUCAAGGAGAAGAGUCAGAAGUCGAAAGAGGGGAGCAGUCCGGCCGGGGCGAUUACGACGACACCGUCCGCGAAGGGUAACCGGAAGAGUCGGAUACCAGCGACUCCGCAGCCCCUUGACAGUGACAGUGAUAACAGCGACAGCGACAAUGAGGGUACGCCAUCCCCCGCCACUUCACAACAUCAUCAUCUCCAAACUCCAGCCUCCCAUGUCCAUUCCCCCAUUACCACCACCACCACCACUACAACAACCAACACUGACCGCCUAGAAACCUCCGAUAGAAUGUCGAAAGAGAAACAAAAGUUCUUCAAAUCGUCGGCGUUCAACCCCGAUAAGAAGAAACAACAAGACAAGACAAAAAAAGUCAGUCGGACGCAACAGACUAAUAAGAAAGCGGAAGUCGAGACUAAGCGAAAGCAAAAGAAAAUCGUGUCUUCCAGUUCGGAAUGUUCGAGUAGUAGCGAGGAGGAGACGAGCACUACCGACUCGGACACUGAUUCUUCCGUCGAACCGUCGACCACGCGGUCCAGUAUCAAAAUACCGAGCAUUUUUACGAGCAACACCAAAAAAAUGGAGACUUUUGGUAGCAUAAGCGGUAUUACGAUGGACAAAGACAAGCCGUGGGGCUUCGCAGUGGCGGCUGCCGAAGCCAAGAAGAAGGAACUGGCGAGUAAAGAACCCCUCACAUUCGCCAGUUUCAAGAACCAAACGUUUGGUUUCGAAAGUAACAAAAGUUUUUUUCCGUCGCUGGUCGACGAGAAAAGCUCUAGCAAUUCGAGCAGUAGCUUAGAUAAGACGAAGCCCGGCUUCGGGCAAUUGCGGGGUUUGUUCGACGGUUUGAGCCACCUUUUCGCCGCCGCCACCGAAAACCGGUCGAGAAACUCGACCCCGAAUUACAACCCCAAUCGGCGGCCGAAAAAGGACGAUGACGAAGAGUCCGAGAAGAGUCGCAAACGUGCAAAUCCCACUCCUCCCGCCCCCCAAUUCCAGUCCAGAAAGGUGUCCAAAUGUCCUCCGCUAUCGUCUUCCCCUUUCUCUUCCUGUCAAGAGAGCCACCAGCCGAUGACGCCUUCUAACCUCGUUAAGACGGCCGUUAAUUCGAAACGUCACGAGCUAGAAAGAAGGAAAAUUAAAAGCGAAGCAGGGUUGGGUACGGUCGGGUUCGGACAUAAUUUCGAGGAUGCUCGAAUGAAAAAACGCAAUCUUAUUGCCGAGGCCACACAGACAAACCAUCCGUUGUCGGUGCCGCCGACGCCGAUUGCCAACAAUCAGACCGACGAAAUCAAACCGCCGCAACUGCCGCCAGGUGUGACGCAAAAAGACGUCGAUUUGUUUAAAGAAACGCGAGAAAAGGCCAAUGCGACGACGGCCCUCCUACCACCCGGAACACCCUUCGUUACGUCACCCUCGCUGGUGAUGUCGUCGCAAGGCCGUUGCCCCGCCGCCAUAGAAUUCGGAAAAUACGAAAUACAAACGUGGUACUCCAGCCCCUUCCCGCAGGAAUACGCCAGACUACCCAAACUGUUCCUGUGCGAAUUCUGCCUCAAAUAUACCAAGAGUAAGGCGGUUCUCGAACGCCACCAAGACAAGUGCACCUGGAGGCACCCGCCAGCGACGGAAAUCUACCGAUGUGGCGACCUAUCGGUGUUUGAAGUCGACGGGAAUGUUAACAAAAUCUACUGUCAGAAUCUCUGUCUCUUAGCCAAACUUUUCCUCGACCAUAAAACGCUCUACUACGACGUGGAGCCAUUCCUAUUUUAUGUUUUGACGAAAAAUGACAAGAAAGGGUGCCACCUUGUCGGUUAUUUCUCAAAAGAGAAGCAUUGUCAGCAGAAAUAUAACGUUUCGUGUAUCAUGACAAUGCCUCAGUACCAGCGACAAGGUUUCGGCCGAUUUUUGAUCGAUUUUAGUUACUUACUGUCGAAGAGAGAGGGACAGCCGGGAACCCCCGAAAAACCACUCUCCGACCUCGGACGAGUCUCGUAUUACGCUUAUUGGAAGUCGGUGGUACUCGAAUACCUCCACGCACACCGCAAUGCUAAGUUAAAACUGACAGAUAUAAGUAAAGAAACGGGGAUGUACUGCCACGACAUCGCUCUUGCCUUACAACUGCUCGGGUUCGUUCGGUGCGUUUCGACCGAAACCGGCCGAAAACCAGUGCUUUGCAUCGAUUGGGCGAAAGUCGACAGUCACGCGGAACGCGUCUCUAAAAGUAAAACUAGGAUUAAAAUCGACGCCGAGUGUCUCAGAUGGACACCGCUCCUGACAUCAACCGUAAAUCCAUUCAGGGAAGAAAAAUCCGACGGCGAAAAAGAAUCAACACCGGCGGAAACUGCCGAUAUUGUAAUCCCCCAGCCCGAGAAAAUCAUAAUAGAAACGCAGCAAGGAGUCAAAUUGAAGAAAGGGCGCAAACGAAAAAUUUCCACCGCGCCAAAGACGCCAAAAGUGGCCAAAAGCGAGCCCAAGACACCUCAAGUCACGCCUAAUAAUCCGACUAAGGAAGAGGUGGAAAUAACGUCGUCGGGUCGCAGAAGAACGAGGCCUAGCAAAUACAACGAAACGACAUUCGCCGACGUCAAGCCUAAAAACCACGAAAAUAAUAAACGCAAACGUAACGAUACAUCCGAGCCGGAAGUAGCCGAGAAGAAGAUGAAAGUCGAGCCGGAGGUAAAACUUGUCAAGUGUGACGAAGAAGUCGCAAAGACCCAACCGAAAGAAACACAAAGGCCGAAGCGGAACGUCGGCGGUAAUAAAGAAAAGGUUGCGGGUGAGAGGUGGUCACAAAGACGCGUCAAGAAACAACAGGAGAAGAAGGAAGAAGUGGAAGAGAAGGAGGAAAGUGUCGAAAAACCGGAAAAGAUUGAAGUGGAAGCGUCUCCAGCACCGGUCAAGACUCCAAAACCGAGGAAGAAGCGGCCGUUUGUGAAAACCAAAACGAAGAAACAGUUGACGUUGCCUGAACUUAUGAAGAACAAGCUUCAACACAGGGAGAGUGAAAGUGAGAGUUUGGUGUCGGAAAAAUCGGAGGAUGAGGAAACCACGAAGAAGGAAGUUGUUAAUAAUGAGAAGGUUGAGGUUCGAGUGAAAAAUACGAAGAUCAAUAGGAUUUCGACCGAGGAGGAUUCGAGUGCUGAGGCCGAUGAUGAGAUGGAGAAGGAUGAGUUGGCGCCGAAGGCUUUCGAAGUUUCGCCUAAUACCAAAUACAAGUUGCCUAAGAGUAGUCCUACGAAAGAGAAGGUUGAAGCGGUUAGAAAAGAUUUACAAAAGGUUGAGGAGAAGGAAGUUGGGAAGGAGCCAGAGAAAGCGAAGUCGCCUCAAGUUUAUUCGUCCACGACCUCGGAAUCAGAGACUGAGAUUGACGGGCAGAAAAUCAAGACGAUACAUAAGGAAAUAUUGGAGAUUUCCAAAAAAGACGUUUUGGUUGAUAAUCAGAUUAAACAGGAAGAAGUAACUAAAAGUGAGGAGAAGGCCGAGAUUAAGCCGGUCGAAGCUACUAGUCAAAAGAGUGAAGAAGCACCUGUGGAGAAAGUCGCGGAUCAAUCGAUUGAGUUUGAUAGAAAAUCGUCUGAUAUGGAUAUUGAAAAAAUCGAUGACGAUCGAAAUAAAAUCGUUGUUCAAAAUGCGGUGCCGACUUCUUCACCUAAAGGACAGCCGUCACCGAACAUUGUUGAGGAAAAACCGAAAGUUGUUGAAGAAAAACCGAAAAUUGAGCCUGAACCUCAACCGUCUAAACCCAAACCUGAACCGGUCGUAGAGGAAAAGAAAGUUGAGACAAAACCACCGACUCCACCUCCUGAAACUAAAACCGUAAUCACGGAAAAGAAACCGCCGAAAAUCGAACCCCCUAAAGCACCCGAACCAGUUCCUGAAACCAAAACUGUAGUUCCGGCGGUACAAAGUGAACCGAAACCGAUUAAAGAAAAAGAUGUGAAUCCCAAAACUCAAGCUGUUGCCAAGACUGAACCCAAGCCUAAACAUGAGGAAAAGCGGCAUCACGACAAACCCAAACCGGCCAAAGUACAACACGUCGAAAACGAGAGUCUUUUGGCUAAAACCGACUUUAGUAUGAGUGCGGCGGCUCAGAACUACCACCACAUGUCUCAAGCUCAGUACAAUCAAUGGCAGUGGGGUUUAACCUGGGAUAAGUCGAUUUAUUACGACCAUAAACGAGAAUAUGCCGGUUAUCCCAUGCCUUUACAAUUCCCUCCUUUGGAAAUGUUGCCCAAACAACAACUUCCCAGUUGCGAGAAAGAAAAACCCAAAACACACCGACACGAGUCGAAACAGAGCAGUAGUAAGAGUUCCAAAGAGAGCAAAAGCGAUAAAACUUCGCCCAAAAAGGAGGAGAAAACAAGAGAAGCGAAAAACUCGUCGUGUUCCGUGAAAACGGCCCCACUUCCGGAAAAACCGAUCCCCCCGUGCCCAGUUCCGGAAAAACCGAAGCACAAAGAGGAUGAGAAAUUGGAGAGUGUGGAGCUGUCGCAACAACAACCACCACAACAGCAACCCCAGCAACAGCCCCACCAACAACAACCAAUGACCACACCUUCGAUCAAACACACACCUCCGACUCCUUCGUCCGAGAUUCCUUCAAUGGGAGUCUACACACCUGAUUCCACGACAAAUUCCGUGCAUAGUUUGCACUACGGUCAGUGCGAUCUCGACGUUGCUCAAUUAGGUCUCGAAUCACCGGCGUCCAUUUCCAGCGAUAUGGCGUCACAAAAUUCGGUCGAACCGGUGAGACCGCCGUCGGUUUUACCGGUUAGUAUCGCCCAACAACAACCACAAACUAAUUAUGAUUGUACCGUGCAACAUAAUUUGCAACAGCAGAGUGGUCUACAGGUACAACAGAACGCGACCGUACCGGCUUCGAGCCCCACAGUGAACCCCACUCCGAUGCAAAUGCCCCAACAAAACACGCACCAAUCGGGUUCAAGCAAACGCCAAAUGCAACAGCCCCGAAACCGGUCUAGCACCCCAUCGGCCAAUAAACAACAGUCUAGUAUGAAACUGGCCUCUCCUGCUCAACAGCACGCCUCCGUCCAACAACAGCAACAGCAAAGCCGGCAACGAGCCACGCCCCCUACUGUCCAAACCCACCAACACAUGUUAGCCAGUCCCACCCAGAACCAGCAAGUCCAACAUCAGAUGCAACAACAGCACCACAUGCACCAUCAAGUCGCCAUGCACCAGAGCUACACCCACCACGCCCAACUGGGGGCGUCCCCAAUGCAUCAACACCCCCAUCAUCCCCACCAUUCCGUCAUUAAUUCAGGGAAUUACAUCCCGGUGGCCGUCAGUACCCAAGGAUUCCCGGCGCAAGGUACCAGCACUUACGUGAGUGUGCCCAUGACGACGGUCAUCCAGCACCGGAUGAGUGCCCAACAAACCCAUCAAAAGCUGGCCCCAUCGCCGUCGUGCGCCGUCACCACGGGAACAAACUUCUACAUCCAGACCAAUCCGCAUCCACAUGCACACACCCCCACUCCCGCCCCUACACCAGUCCCGACGGCAACUUUGCAAGGCCCCGCCCAGCCAGGCCAAUCGAGUUGUAGCCUCGCCAAAUUGCAACAGUUGACGAAUGGGUUGGAGAUGAUGCCACCUAAUUCCUGUAGUACGAUGACUCCGCCUCCAUCGGCAAUGACACUAUCGCCGCCUCCGACGCACCACCCACAUGCCACGAUGACGCCGCCCCCCACGCACCAAAUGAUCCAGAAUCAGACCGUCCGGAACCUGGCGCCGUCGCCGUCCGGGAUCCAGCCGCAAGUUCUGAGUUACCACAAGUAUUACCAACCGAACAUGAACGUGAAUCAGUUGGGAGGGGCGGUCACGCCGCCGAUUGGCCAGAAUUUGGGGCGGUCCCGGAACGCGACAAACGUCCAGCAUAUGCAGACGACGUCGAGUCGGGUUAGCCCGAAUGUGGCGGCGUUGAACCCCAUGUAUAACUCGCUGAAUGGGUACAGGAUGGCGGCGCAACAGGGGCCGGGAUCCGUGUCGGGGUACAUAACCAACACAGCGGCUGGGUUUAUAAAUAACGCCCAGAUUCCCAUGCAGAUGGGCGUGAUGAACAUGGCCCAGACCCAGUACCAGGACCCUGCGGCCAUCCAGAGGGCACAACAAAACACCAUGUACUACGGGUACAUCAACAGUGGGCUGAUGCAGCCGCUGAAUGGCACGAUGAGACGUUAAGUGACUACCAGUGAUAAUGAUUUUCGUUUGUUUGAUAUGCCUUAACUGGUUACGGCGGUUUUUUUCUCUAGGGCUGUGCGGCUUAGUUGAUCUGAUUCAAUGUUGUUCAAGGUGACACCUUGGUUUAUUUGUUAUUUAUUUGAUCGUCCAGAUCAAAAUGCAGAUUUUAUUGAAACCGGAUAUUUUGUAAGAUUUUUUAAAUGUUUAAGGACAAAAAUUGAGACGUUUUUGAACGCUUAUUUAGUGAGUAAGACUUGGAACGGUUAACGCAUUGUGUACAUUUUAAUGAGAGUAUUAAUUUAUUUCGAAACACUUGCUGUAAGAUAUUGUAAAUUUUGUGAAUAUAAUUAAGUAACAUUUAAACAGGGAAAGGUUUUGAGCAGAUAGUCUUAUUUCAACAUUGUUAACUCGACUAAUACUUGUUUUUCUCAUUUUCUUGUAAAUUGCAAUAGAUUUAGUGAUAAUCAAAACUACAACUAAUUAAUAAAAUAGUCUAAGUGUUUGAUGUUUUUAUCACUUAUUUUUAUUUCGUGUAGCACUGUGAUUAGAUUUGUUAGCUUGUUUCUUUAACAUUGUGUAUGAGCAGUUUCGCUGUAUAUUCAAAUUUGUAUAACUACAUGAUAUUAAAAAAUGUUAGUUUUUA